AUGACUUUUUGGUACUUGGACGUGAAACAGUUUAUUAGUAUUCCUGGUUUAACAUUAGCCAUCUAUUUUUUGUUACUAUUGUUAGCAGACUUGAAACUCCUUCUUACAUUUUCGGUGUGCACUGUAACUAGACUUGGGAAUUUACGAUCGUUCAUAAAACAGUUGAUUAUUGUCGACAAGAACAUACAAGUCGUGGGAACAGAAUGCAACAAAUGGUUACCUAGUAUUCUCCUCAUCAUUCACAUUGCGCUUUUAAUUGCAGUUGGAUUAGUUGUACUGGAUGGACAACUACUACGUUUCUUUCACGCUUUGUUCCACUGCUUCAUAGAUUCAGUGGUGGUUCUGCAAUUCGUUGCACUGGUGCUGGAGCUGUGGAUAAGGUUCUGCAAGAUCAACACAUGCCUCCUGGAGGAGCUGUACCAUCCUGAAGUUGGCGUUGUGCAGCUCUUGCCACAGUCGCCUGCACCAGCAUGUAGACUGCGCCAGCUGAGGGAGUCCUACGUGUCGCUAGGACGCGCCGCCGAACUGUUGGGGGAACACUUUGGGCUGCCUGUGGCUCUGGAUGUCGGUCUCUGUGUGCUCGGCACAACCUGCAGUGCGUACGAGUUGCUCGUUAUGUUGGAAAGGCCGCACCUGAUGGACUUCCUCCCAUUCAGCCAGUCAGUGAGUUUGUCGGUGCUGUGGCUGGCUUAUCAGACUCUGAAGCUGGUGGCUUUGACACUGUCCUGCGCUGCAGCUCAGGACGUGGCGGAACGCACUGGUAUCCUGCUGCGGAGGUCGCCCGUGCUCCCACCUGGAAUUUCAGCAGAAAUGGACGCCUUCCUGCGUGUGACGUCGCGGGACCCUCCGCUGCGUUUUACAGCGUGGGGGUUCGUCAACAUCGACCGCAAUUUGUUAGUCUCAGCCUUCGGAGUAGUCAUUACGUAUCUGGUCGUUAUCAGCCAAUCUCUUGUUAAAUAA